AUGAGAUUGGACAUUCGAGGCAGGAUCAAGGUUCUUCACGGCCAAAACCGGAAAACAGAGGAACCGCCGCUGGCCCUGUUCGCCUUGUGCACUCCCUUCGGGCCACCAUCCCUCCUUGAGAUCCCCCACAAGGAAGUGAUGUUCAAGAGCAAGCACAAGCUUGACCUCUCCCUGGUAUCAAUGGACCAGAGGGGCAAGAUGUUGCUUGGCUAUUCGGAUGCCGAACUUGCCGAUAUGGGAGGAUAUGAUCUAGUCCAUUACGAUGAUCUCGCCUACGUAGCAAGCGCACACCAAGAAUUGUUGAAAACGGGUGCUUCAGGCAUGAUAGCCUACAGGUACCAGAGUAAAGAAGGACAGUGGCAAUGGCUUCAAACAAGCUCAAGACUCGUCUACAAAAACUCGAAGCCCGACUUUGUCAUAAGCACGCAUCGACCUCUCAUGGAGGAAGAAGGUAGAGACCUUCUAGGAAAGAGAACGAUGGAUUUUAAAGUGAGUUACCUUGAUGCUGGGCUGACAAACAGUUAUUUCUCUGACAGUGAAUUAGUGGGUUCAUCAACACCAACGAGUGGCUCCCAAGCUCCAACACCGCAAAGGGUUAACAGGCGGUAUAAAACCCAAUUAAGAGACUUUUUAUCAACGUGUCGGACUAAACGUAAAAUUUCUUCUCAUAGUACAGUUGUUCCCAACCCAGAAUCUGAAUUUAUAGUGCCAGACUCAGCUGCAGCAGUCGCAGCAGCCUACACAAAUCUCAACGUCUAUGGUGGAACAUAUCCCACGCCAGCUCCUGCAGAAACCUACAUGAGCCACUCGGGAAAUUUCCACCAGACCCUCUACGACAACAGGUUUCUCACCUCUACAACGGACAACCUGUUUCAUCAAUACCGCCAUUUAGGAUCUUACUAUCCCGAUUACCAUUCAUCCGGGGGUUAUGUAUCCAAUGGAUUUCUGGACAUGUCUCCCAGAAGUGCCACCUGCUUGCCGACAUAUGAGACGAGCCAUACUGUCCAUCAAAUAGGCAAAGCAGACUGUGACAAACUGUACACCUGUCAUCAGCCAUUAGAACAGAAGUACGCGACCGUUAUAGACAACACGAGGUAUCCUAAAUGUCUCGAUAUGGGUGGGUAUGCACCACCAGGAGUCGUAACGGUCCCUCUUUGUGACAUAUCACACAAGAAAAGUGUUAAAUCAAUGGACAAUCUUUCUUCAAGUAAUUCUGCGGGUUCUUCACCAGCGGGUGUAAACGGUUUAGUGACACCCAAAAUCGAAGACAUGAAGGACAUGAUGCAACACUACGAACAACCUCGGCAAACAGUGUUGAUGUGGGGAGCUGCACAUACACCAACGUCGUCAAGUAGCAGGUCUCCUCAAGGUGGAUCACCGGUCUCUUACCAGGAUAAGAAGUUCGGAGACCCUCUGAAGUCGCUAGCAGAGAUGAACAGCAUGGCCGAAACCAAGUGGAAGCCAGAGACACCACCUCACGUCGCAAGCCCAAAGUACACCCACUAUCAGUAUAGUGAGACGGGCCAAGAGGUAUUGCCUCACCAGAUCUAUCCUUACCACCAGUGA